AUGAACCCUGGCCCCGUCAAACACCCUUGCGGCGCUUGCGGAAAGCCUACGAAGUCAAACCAAAAGGCAAUAUGCUGCGAUGAGUGCGGACAUUGGAUGCAUGCUAAAUGUAUUUACAUGUCUUGUGAAUCGUACCAGAGAUACGUUGAUGAGUCGAAACUAACAUGGAUCUGUAAUAUAUGCGCUUUUCCAAAUUUUUCAUCGGGACAUUUCGUAGAAGACACAAGAUUGAUCGAAGAAAACAGCUUUGCUCCUCUUGCAGAUUCAUCUUUAGAGGGCACAUCGAUGAAUGGAGCAAAUGAUUCUGACCUGCUCGAGCCGCCACGCUGUAUAUCUUCGAGUACACCCGUGCGGCCUACUCGCCGUGGACCUCGCAAUCCUGCAAAGCUAACGUGCAUGGAGAUCAAUUGCAAUAGUAUCCAAAGCAGUGAAAGAGCAGCUAUCUUUGCUAGCCAUGUCUCAACACACAAACCCGACAUCAUAUUUGGUUGUGAGUCAAAGCUGUCACCCGAAGAUCCUACAGCGGCGAGUUUCCCAUCAGAUUAUAACGUUUUUAGAAAGGAACGUUCUGGUAGCGGAGGAGGUGGAAUUUUCAUCGCUGUGAAACAUGAUAUUCCGUCGUACGAGCUACCAGACAUAACCACAAACCCAGAGGAUGAGUCUCUGUGGGCAGCAAUCCGUUGCGCCAACAAGAAGACUGUCUAUAUAUGCGCGUUUUACAAGCCCCCUGAUGCUCCUGCUACCCGUCUGGAUUUCCUACAAGAGUCUAUUUUUAAGGUCUUUUCGCAAAACAAGAAAUCCCACCCAAACAUCGUAAUAAGUGGCGAUUUUAACUGUGGCGACAUAGACUGGCGUAAUGAUCCACCAUCUAUUACAAAUCACUCAACAGCAUCUAUGAUGCAGAAACUGUUAGACCUGAUUUCGAAUAACGCCCUCAUUCAGCAUGUUACUAAACCGACACGCCCAGUUUCUCUAAAGACAUUGGACCUUGUGAUAUCAUCCACACCAGCUCUUGUAUCUGAUAUUACAAUCCAUCCAGGGAUGAGCGACCAUGACAUCGUAAAGUUUAACAUCAACACUAAAACCAGGCGGAUAAAGACCCCCCCACAUAAAGUGUACCUCUAUAACAAGAUGGACCUUGCGGCCCUUAAGCGCGAUGUGGCUAAAUUGUCAGAAGAUUUCACUCUUUGUUGCGAGGAAAGAUCUUUGGAGAAAAAUUGGUCCUUCUUUGAAGACCGGUUGAAAUCUGCAGUGGAAUCGCAUAUCCCAUACAGGUUCACAAAAUCUAAAACAUCUCUGCCUUGGAUAACACAGUCAGUCAAACGUCAAAUACGAAAGCGUGACCGCCUUCUAUCUAAAGCAUUGAAAAGUAACAACAAAAACUCCCAAGCUUGGCGCAAUUAUCGUCACCAGAGAAACCAUGUAGUGAAAUUACUCAAGGCAGCCCAUAACCACUACUUGAAUACAGUGAUUGGUGGAAGCCUGGGGUCAAAUCCUAAAAAGUUUUGGAGCCAUGUCAAGCACUCUAGGACAGAGAGUCGUGGUAUUCCCACCUUGCGCCAAGGGAACUCAAUGUUUAUUUCAGAUAAGGACAAGGCAGAGGCAUUGAACAAGUAUUUUGAGAGUGUUUUCACUAUGGACGAUGGUGUCGUUCCCGACCUUGACCCUCCAACAUGUCCCAAAAUUAGUGAUAUACCAUUACUCAGGCUGGCGUAUUUAAACAGCUAG